AUGAAAAGAUUGUUACUUGCUUUGCUCCUUGUUUCUGUAUCUAUUUGCGAGAGCUCAGUCGAAUGUCCAGUUAUUGGCAUUGACUUGGGUACUACUUACUCAUGUGUCGGAGUGUUCAGAUAGGGACAUGUUGAGAUCAUUCCAAAUGAAUUGGGAAAUAGAAUCACACCUUCAGUCGUUUCCUUCACAGAUCAAGAGAGAUUGAUUGGUGAGGCUGCUAAAAACUAGGCUGCCACCAAUCCCAGCAGAACCCUUUAUGAUGUCAAGAGAUUGAUAGGCAGAAAGUAUAUAUCCAUAUGAAUAAUCCCCCCAGAUUCUCAGACUCCACAAUCCAAUAUGACAAGAAGUUCUUGCCAUUUGACAUUAUCGACAGAGACGGCAAGCCUUACAUUUAAGUGGAGAAGGGUACCUAAUCAAAGGUGUUUGCUCCUGAGGAAGUGAGUGCAAUGGUGUUGUCCAAGAUGAAGGAAAUUGCUGAGGGUUAUUUGGGUCAAAAUGUUAUCAAUGCAGUCGUGACAGUUCCAGCAUACUUUAAUGAUGCUCAGAGACAAGCCACAAAGGAUGCAGGAAACAUUGCCGGUUUGAAUGUAGUUAGAAUUUUGAAUGAACCAACUGCUGCAGCUAUUGCUUAUGGUUUGGAUUCGAAGUAAGUUGAAUCCAACAUCUUGGUUUUCGAUUUGGGAGGUGGUACUUUCGAUGUGUCCAUUUUGACAAUUGACAAUCAAGUGUUUGAAGUCAUUUCCACCUCAGGAGACACCCAUUUGGGAGGUGAAGAUUUCGAUCAAAGAUUGAUUGAUCACUUCAUUAAGUUGGUGCAGAAGAAGUAUGGAAAGGAUGUCUCAGGAGACAAGAGGGCAAUCCAAAAAUUGAAGAGAGAAUGCGAAAAAGCCAAGAGAAGACUCUCUGCUGCCCAAGAAGCCAAAGUCGAAAUUGAAGAUUUGGUUGAAGGAUUAGAUUUCAGUGAAGUUUUGACAAGAGCCAAAUUCGAGGAAUUGAACAGUGAUUUGUUUAGAAAGACUAUUGAACCAAUGUAGACCGCUUUGAAUGACUCAGGAUUAAAGAAGAGUCAAAUCGAUGAAAUCGUACUGGUUGGUGGAUCAUCUCGUAUUCCAAAGGUCAGAUAACUCGUUAAGGAGUUCUUUGAAGGCAAAGAUCCAAAUACAGGUAUCAAUCCAGAUGAAGCCAUUUGUUAUGGUGCUGCCAUCCAAGGAGGUUUGAUCUGUGGAGAGAAAUCUGAUGCAACUGACGGUUUGGUAGUUAUUGAUGCCACACCUUUGAGUUUGGGUAUCGAAACAGUCGGAGGAGUCAUGAACAAAAUCAUUCCCAAGGGAUCCUUCAUUCCAACCAAAAAGUCCCAAGUGUUCACCACCUAUGUGGACAAUCAAACAACAGUCACCAUCACUGUUUUCGAAGGAGAAAGACCUUUGGUUAAGGACAAUCACAAAUUGGGUCAAUUCGAUUUAACCGAUAUUCCAAAGAUGCCCAAGGGAUAACCUUAAAUUGAAGUCACUUUCGAAAUUGAUGAGGAUGGUAUCUUAUCUGUGUCUGCCUCUGAACAAUCUACUGGAAAGAAGAACCAAAUCUAAAUCACUGCCGAUAACAAGUUGACUAAGGAAGAAAUCGACAGAAUGAUCAAGGAAGCUGAAUAGUUUGCUGAAGAAGAUAAGAUUGCCAAGGAGAAGAUUGAUGCCAAGAACAGUUUGGACUCCUACAUCUAUUCCAUCAAGAACUAGAUCGAAGAUGAGGUAUUGUUAUUCUCUUAAUAUUUUAGAAAAAAUUGGCCAAACACUUAACUGAAGAAUAAAAACAAACCUUGAAGGAUGCUGUCCAAAAGAGUGAAGACUGGAUCAAGAAGGAUGAAGCCAAUUAUGACAAAGAAGAUUUCGAGGGAGAAUUGAAAGAUCUUUAAAAGUAAGUGAUUUGUUCUAAACAUCUAGGGUUUGUGAUCCAAUCAUUCAAGAAGCCUAAAAGAAGAAAGAUGAAAAUAAGGAAAACGAAGACGAUGCUGAUGAUACAAAAACUGAUUUAUGAUUUAAUGUGUGC